UCGAACACGUAGUGGGAAAGAAGAGGUCCUGAUGCGCGAGUCACGGCAACCCUCGGCGGAGAUGAAGGCGGACUCCGACUGGUUCUGAUUUUUAAAAGUCCUUUUCAUUCAGCAGGUUGCUUGCCAACGGUUGUCAUUAUGGCAGAGCCGUUAUCCCCAGCACCCACCGCUGCAAAAAUGGCGUCAGUGAAUCGGGUCCGCGCGUUGACGUUCAUUUUCUUGACUGUCACUGGUUGUUUUGUCACCCCGACAAGUGGCAAGGAAGGGUCCGAGGAGACCGUCAUCAGUGGCCUCCGUCUGGAGGACACGGACGACAUUUCCUUCAUGGAUAAAGGCUACUUGCGGGUGAGUGAGCGCUCUCGGAUCAAAUUAAGAGUGUACGGGCAGAACAUCAACAACGAGACCUGGUCCAAAAUUGCCUUCACGGAGCACGAAAGGAGCCGGGCGGGGGCGAGCCUUGACAGCUCCUCGGGCGAUAACCACAGCCAAGAGGACUUGUCCGGCUUGCAUCCUUGUGGCAUUAGGACUUCAGAUAUCAUUAUAUUACCAAACAUUGUUGUGAACCGAAAGACGUCUGGAAUAGUUGAGAUAGAGGUGAAACCUCUGCGAAAGACGGAGAGGAGCAAAGCCUAUUACCUUUGCAUCGCCACCUCCGCACCUGCCGUGGCUGGAAUGCACGACCCAUGGACGGAGAUCACCUGGAUCUACCACGAUGGCGAAGACACCAGGGUGAUCGUAGUGGAGGAGAAAAAGUUCUUGCUGCCUUUCUGGCUCCAGGUCAUCUUCAUCUCAAUGCUGCUGUGUCUGUCUGGUAUGUUCAGCGGCUUGAACCUGGGGCUCAUGGCUCUGGACCCCAUGGAGCUCCAGAUAGUGCAGAAUUGUGGCACAGAAAGGGAGAAAAACUACGCCAAAAAGAUCGAACCAGUCAGAAGCCAAGGGAAUUAUUUACUUUGCUCGCUUCUGCUCGGUAAUGUGUUGGUGAACACAACGCUGACCAUUCUGCUGGAUGAUAUCGCCGGUUCAGGGUUGAUUGCCGUGGUCAUGUCUACCAUCGGAAUAGUGAUCUUUGGGGAAAUCGUGCCGCAGGCCAUAUGCUCCAGACAUGGCCUGGCUGUGGGUGCCAACACCAUUUUCCUGACUAAGUUCUUCAUGUUGCUCACCUUCCCUGCGUCAUACCCGGUGAGCAAACUGCUCGACCACCUGCUGGGGCAGGAGAUCGGAACAGUGUACAACCGGGAGAAGCUUCUGGAGAUGCUGCGUGUCACCGAUCCUUACAAUGACCUGGUCAAGGAGGAGCUCAACAUCAUCCAGGGUGCGCUGGAGUUGAGGACUAAGACCGUGGAAGUUGUGAUGACGCCUCUUCGAGAUUGCUUCAUGAUACCCGGGGAUGCCACCCUUGACUUCAACACCAUGUCAGAAAUCAUGAAGAGUGGAUACACGCGCAUUCCGGUCUUUGAGGGCGAGAGGUCCAACAUAGUGGACCUUCUCUUCGUCAAGGACCUGGCCUUUGUUGACCCGGAUGAUUGCACACCACUCAAAACCAUCACAAAGUUUUAUAGCCACCCGUUGCACUUUGUCUUCAAUGACACCAAGCUGGAUGCUAUGCUGGAAGAGUUUAAAAAAGGAAAAUCCCAUCUGGCCAUAGUUCAGAGGGUCAACAAUGAGGGUGAGGGAGACCCUUUCUACGAGGUUCUCGGUAUUGUCACCCUGGAGGACAUUAUUGAGGAAAUCAUCAAGUCAGAGAUCCUGGACGAGACAGACUUGUACACUGACAACAAGACGAAAAAGAAAAUCACCCAUCGUGACAGGAAGCAGGAUUUCUCGGCCUUCAAGCCUACCGACAAUGAAAUGAAGGUUAAAAUAUCACCUCAGCUUCUGCUGGCUACCCUGCGUUUCCUAGCAACAGAGGUAGACCUGUUCGCACCACCACAAAUGUCUGAAAAGAUUCUACUGCGCUUGUUGAAGCACCCAAAUGUCAUCCAGGAGCUGAAAUACGAUGAGAAGAGGAAGCGGGCGCCUGAGCACUACCUCUUCCACAGGAACAGACCUGUGGACUAUUUCAUCCUCAUUUUGCAGGGCAAAGUGGAAGUGGAGGCAGGCAAGGAGGGGAUGAAGUUUGAAGCAGGACCGUUCUCCUUCUACGGGAUGAUGGCUCUCACUGUCUCCCCAGUACCGCUGUCCCUUUCUCGAACAUUUGUCAAUAGGGCCGAUUCAUUAGCCGGAUCACCAGAGAAUAAAUCUCCACCACGGCCGUUUGGACUGAACCACUCAGACUCUCUGAACAGGAGUGAUCGAAUAGAUGCCAUCACUCCGACUUUGGGCAGCAGCAACAAUCAACUUAACUCCUUCUUGCAGAUCUACGUACCUGACUACUCUGUCAGAGCGUGCUCAGACCUGUAUUUUAUAAAGGUAACGCGGCAGCAGUACCAGAACGCUGUGAUGGCGUCGCGCAUGGACAAGACGCCGCAGUCCACGGACAGCGAGUUCACCAAGAUCGAGCUGACGCCGAAUGAACUCCGCGAUGGUGUGGAGACCCCCACCGUAGUCACCAGCACAGCCACCACCGCGCCAGCUGUGACUGUAGCUUUGGCCAAUGAGACGUCCCACCUUCUCAACCAGCAGCACAAUUGCGUGGGCAUGAGCAGGAGCAACCACAGCGCGCACGAGGGGCCCAUCUAGCCCCCCACCCAGCACGGCGGAGACCCAGACCCUCCACCUUCCUGUCUGACGGACACACGGUGCAGCGGUGGAGCUAGAGAUGAGGGAACAUGAGGGAGCGUGGGCGGGCGGAGUGAGGAUGCUGCACCCACUCAGUCAGUUAGUAAAGCCCCCCGAUGGAGGGGCGGUGGGGGGAGGUGGGUGCUGAACACCGCCCACUUGUCAGCAGUCCUGCUCUACUACACCUUCUUAAGAUGGUGCUGUGACUGAGCUUCCUUUUGGGACAAUUUGACACUUUCAUAGCGGUAACUUGGACAAGAGGACAACAGACUGCAUGCAAACCUGCCCCUACCCCGUCCUGUGCUACCAAGCACACACACACACACACACACACACACUCACUAAAAGUCACUGUCAUUUCCACUCAGGCCAAAGACCUUGGUCCCCCCCGCC